AUGGCCUGCCCUUUUUUACGAGAUCCAAUAGACAUCGGGGCACAAAUUGUGAGAAAAACAAUACGAACUAAGCGUUUGUUCAAAGACAGACAAAAUCCUCUAAGUUUUUCCGAAGAAUACAUUAAUGAGAGGUAUCACUUCUCGUCUCAUUGUAUAGUUUACCUGGCGGAUCUGUUGACACCGUCAUUGAGAAACGAUACACUCCGCAGCUAUCCGCUUACAGUAAUGCAAACACUGUGCAUUGGUUUACAUUUUUUCGCGUGUGGAGAAUUUAUGCAUGCAGUCGGUGACGCUGAAAACUUGAGCAAAUCUACAGUUUGUCGAGCCAUACGGAGAGUAUACCUCGCACUGGCGAGAAUUCUCCCUGAUUUCGUGAAGUUCCCUGGUCAUUGCUCUCAACAAGAAGUUAAAGACAGCUUUUAUAGAAUAGCAGGUUAUGUAUUCUUUCAUAGUAGGCCAAUGAUUUUGGUAGUACUAGUAAGUUAAACUGUAAAUUAGCUAAAUAAUUAUCAACACCUGUGAUUGUUGCAGGACUACCAAAUGUAAUUGGUGUGGUGGACUGCACUCACAUACCCAUCAAAGUGCCUUCAGGACCAGAGGCAUCUGAUUAUACAAAUCAGAGAUCAUUUCACAGCAUAAAUGUGCAGGUAAUAUUGGGGAAGCUGUAAAUGCUUUCUUAACUGUGAUAAAUAAAUUCUACAUUAAAAAAAAUAUUCCUAGAGUAAAUCUCAUGUGAAAACUCACUGCAUGUAAAUCUUUUCCAGAUGGUUUGUGAUUCGCAAUGUCUCAUCACAAACAUUGAGGCAAAGUGGCCUGGAUCUGUGAAUGACUUCCACAUACUCCAAAAGAGUACGCUGUACCAUCAGUUUCAGCAAGGUGACAACAUUACACAAGCACAAUGACAAAUGUUACAAUUUCCUACAAGUUCUAUGAUUUCAGCAUCUCUCUUACCUCCCCUACUUCUCAGGUAUUUUUGAUGGGUGGCUUGUGGCUGACAAUGAGUAUCCCUGUCUUCCAUUCAUGAUGACGCCAUACCUGAAUCCUAAACCAGGCGCAGAGAGCUGCUUCAACAAGGCACUGUACGAGACAAGAGCAUGCAUUAAGACAACGUUCACCACGUUAAGGGCCCGAUUUGGUUGUUUGAAGGGUCUCCGGGUGUCGCCACAGAGCGCGUGUGACAUAAUAGUGGCAUGCAUGGUCCUUCAUAACGUUGCCAUCAUUCGUAAGGAGGCCCCACCCUGUUUUAGUUGGAUGCCCCGGAAUAAGCCAGAGCCUGUUUACUGUGAUCACCAAGAUGGUACAGCAAUCAGGGAUAGCAUCGCUGCUCAGCUCUUUGCGUCAUGCAGCCAAGUGUUAUGACAAUUUCACAUGAUGACAUUUUUACCCUAGAAAAAACAGGAUGGUAAGAGAGGACUUUCCCGUAAGUGACAACCACAGUGGCCUUUUCUCAAUUGGAUUUGCUCAACUCCUGGGUCCCAUGUCCUCCGUCCUCUCUGGACUCCUUUUAAAAAAGGUAAAAAGCUAAUCGAGGAGAGGAAUGAAAUGACUCGUCCAAUCGUGCGUCAUCAGGCAAAUGACAUUUACAGGGUGGAAUCCCAAAAUGUAUGAAGUGAUAAAUGUAGCUAGUUGUGCAAGCUAUUUUAUAGAUAAAAGGAUAAGUA